UCAAAGCAGAAGGUGAUGACUCCUUAGAUAAACUGAUCACUGAAUGUGGAGGAAGAUACCAUGUCUUCAACAACAACGAUCAGAGGAAUCGUUCCCAGGUCAGCCAGCUGCUGACCAAGAUUGAGUCAAUGGUAAACAGAAAUGGCGGUGCCUACUACACCUCUGAGAUGUUUGAAAAUGCAGAGGCAGCCAUACAAAAGGAAAAGGAGAAGAUCAUAAAGAAAAAGGAACCAGAGAUAAAGAGGAAAGAGAGGGUGCUUGAAAGAAAACACCAAGAAGCGAUUACAGAGCUUAAAUCUAAACUUGAGCGAAAAAGAACAGAAAAAGUCCAACUGGUCAAAGAAAAGGAGGAGCACAUUACGUAUCAGGAUAUGAGAGAAAGACAAAAGAGAGAAGAGGAGGAAAUCAACAAGAGAAGGGAGGAGGAAUUCCAACAACACGAAUGGAAACGAGAAUUUGAAGCUCUGGAGGCCAGACUCGCAUAUGCAGCAGUGUCAAAGGAAAUGUCUGGCUGGGUGUUUUUAAUACAAGACAGAGAAGACAAGAGAAAGCAGAAAGAAGCCUGGGAGAAGGAAAGACGAGAAUGGUGGGACAAACGACGUCGAGAAGAUGAACAGACACGUGAAGAGGAGCGACUUGAAAAGCUCAGACGAGAAAGUGACCAAGAAGUCAAAAUAUAUGAAAAUGAAGACGAUAUAAUCACAAGAGAACAUGAGGACAGAGCACUGAAAUCAUUACAAGAUCUCCAUAAGAGGGAAAAGGAGGAAAUGAGGAGGGAAAUGGAAGAGGAGGCCAGGAAGCAAGCUGAAGAAUGCAAUGAGUUCAGAGAGAAAUAUGCCAAGGAUGUUUUUGCAGAGAUGGACAGGAUCAAAAAGGAAAUGGCUGAUCUGAAGUGGAGGCAACAAAACCGAAAAGAAUCAAUCAUAAACCAGCUGCUCAAAAACAGAACUUCCCAAAGAGACUUUGAGAAGUUGAAGAGAAAACAAGAACAAGAAAUUAACGAACUGACAUCUUCCUACAACGGAGAACAUCUCCACGAAGAAAUCAACAAGCUAAAGAAAAAACACGAAGAGGAAAAAAGUGACUGGAUACAAGCUCAUGUGCAGAAAGCCAUCGAGAACAAGAUUUGCUCCAUUUUAUGACACCUUUUAAAAAGUUUCAGCUGCAGAAACUGUGCGCUUUUGUUUUGAUGGCUUAAACAUUAGCUGAAUUGGUGUUUAAACAGUGCCCAUAUCAAGUUUUAAAGUUAUCUUUUUUUAUUUAACCAAUGAAAAUAACAAUAUUAUAUAUAUAAUACUGUACAGUUGUGAGUGCAAUUAUCUGUUAACAAUUAACAAUUAUAUUGGCCAGUGCACUGAAGUUACACUGAUGUUAAUGGGUUUUAAUGAUUUUUUAAAAACUUUUUUACCUUUUAACCUUUUGCUACCUACUUCUAAGAAAUAAUAGUUUUAAAUCAAUGUUAAGAGUAAACCAGUGGAACCUGCUGCAAACAUAAUUCUUUAAGAAAUGUCUAAUCUCCCACUGACAUAAUAACAAUUGCAGCUGUAAAAUGUAACUAAAAAAGCUU